UUUGCUGAUGUACCCGGAACUGUUUCCAAGGUUUUCUCAGGUUCUGGUUGUGGCGUGGUGAUAGGUUCUGGGACCCAAGACAGCCGUUAUCUUCCCAGGUUAGCGAGAUAACCCCCUCCCCCCCGGCCUCGGGGACCCAGCGGCAGUGAUGUCUCCGGUGUCUCGCUCGCGCAGCCCGGAGAGGGAAGCCUCGGGCUCCAGGGUGAAACGCCGCAGUUCGUCGAGGAGCCCUAAACCCAGCAAAUCUACCCGCUCCCCGCGGGGCCGCCGCUCUCGCUCGCACUCUUGCUCUCGGUCUGGGGAUCGGAAUGGCCUCAGCCAUCAGACAAGUGGCCUCAGCCAAGGCUCCCGAAACCAGCCCUACCGCUCCCGCUCGCGGUCACGCUCUCGAGAGCGGCCUUCUGUGACGCGGGGCACCCCCUUCGCUUCUGCCACCUCGUCUGCCUAUUAUGGCGGCUACUCACGCCCCUACGGGAGCGACAAGCCUUGGCCUAGCCUCCUGGACAAGGAGAGGGAGGAAAGCCUGCGGCAGAAGAGAUUAAGUGAAAGAGAGAGGAUUGGAGAAUUGGGAGCUCCUGAAGUAUGGGGACUUUCUCCAAAGAAUCCAGAACCAGACUCUGAUGAACAUACACCAGUAGAGGAUGAAGAGCCAAAGAAAAGCACCACUUCAGCUUCUACUUCAGAAGAAGAAAAGAAGAAGAAGAAGAAGUCUAGUCAUUCAAAAGAAAGGUCCAAGAAAAGGAGAAAGAAAAAAUCAUCCAAAAGAAAGCACAAGAAGUAUUCUGACGAUAGCGACAGUGACUCUGAUUCUGAAACAGACUCCAGUGAUGAAGACACAAAAAGGAGAUCAAAGAAAGCCAAGAAAAAGGAAAAGAAGAAGAAACGCAGAUCGAAAAAAUACAAGAAAAAGAAGUCUAAGAAGAGCAGAAAAGAUUCCAGUGACUCAAGCUCUAAAGAUUCCCAAGAAGAGUUUCUGGAGAAUCCCUGGAAGGAUAGAUCAAAGCCUGAAGAACCCUCAGAUUUAAUUGGCCCAGAGGCUCCAAAAACACUUGCCUCUCAAGAUGAUAAACCUCUGAACUAUGGCCAUGCUCUGUUACCUGGUGAAGGUGCAGCUAUGGCUGAAUAUGUAAAAGCUGGAAAACGUAUCCCACGAAGAGGUGAAAUUGGUUUGACAAGUGAAGAAAUUGCAUCAUUUGAAUGCUCGGGUUAUGUAAUGAGUGGUAGCAGGCACCGCCGAAUGGAGGCUGUGCGGCUACGGAAAGAGAACCAGAUCUAUAGUGCUGAUGAGAAGAGAGCUCUUGCAUCCUUUAACCAAGAAGAAAGACGAAAGAGAGAAAACAAGAUUCUGGCCAGUUUUCGAGAGAUGGUAUACAGAAAAACUAAAGGGAAAGAUGACAAAUAAGGAUUUUCAGAUUGUUCAGCAGACAUUUUCAACAAAAAGUCUGGGUUCCAUAUAUACAUACAAAAAGGUUAUUAUGAUCUGGAAAUCUUUACAGUGCUACUGUGCCUUCUAUUUAAUUCUUUCAGUCCUUCAAUAAAAAGCUGCUUAUUGAUAUAACUUUGGUAUAUUUUGGAUUGCCCAUAAAACUUUCUGGUUGAAAAAUCCAAAUUGUGAAUGAAAUCCUACUAUAUUUGGGGAGGUGACAUUGAGAGAAGAUGUCAGUGAGAUGAAAAAUAAGUUGCACUGUCUCAUACCAUGGGACAGUGCUACUCUUAGCUCUCCAUGACGCUCACCCCCGCCCCAAGUGAACUUGUGGGAAAUUAUUCCUCUAUGUUGAAUGUGUUAUAAAUGGAUUGAUAGAACCACACAGGAGGCCAGUUUUGCUAACAAAAUUAAGGCAUUGCUGAAAAAAAGCAAAUCUGGGAUUUGAAGAUUGACUUUAUUGUACAAUAUAUAAUCUGCCUUGAACACAAUGUAUUUUGAUUUUAGUCCCUACCCUCACCCUAAAACCCACAAACAAACCAAAAUGCAAAUUAACCCACAGACUUACUAAAUUGAAAAUGUGAACAUUAGUUUUAAAAUUCUUAACAGGUUAUUAAAAGUGUUUUUUCCAAAUAUAAAAUAUUGGGACAUCUACUGUUGUGCCAAUGUAAGUACAUUAUUUUCAUCUAAGCUGUACUUGGAUCAUAAUUUGAAUACUAGAAAUGAAUGGGAGUCAACUGUGGUCAGGCAUUUAAUACGGAAAAAAUAUGUCAUUACUUUAACUUGGUUGUUUUAUAAGGAUGAAGCUAAAAUUUUAUUCAACAUUUUUUGCCUGUCCUUUAUGUAAUUUUUGUCUAUCCUUUACAUAAACCUUUCAGUUUAUUUUUUACAUCAGUCAUGCAGUUUAAUCUUUAAUUUUAUAUAGAACCCCCUCAAUUUAUCACUUUUUUAUGGCUACUAUUGACUUUUUUUUUUAAUAUAUUUUAUUGAUUUUUUUACAGAGAGGAAAGGAGAGAGA